UAAUAAGCAGAAGGUGAGGAGAGUUGUGGCAGAAGCUAUGUGAUAGGUAAGGAGGGUCCUUAUUUUAAUAAUCUUUGAUGUACCUCAUGGUGAUAGGGGAGCCAUUACUAGGAAGUAAUAGGAACUAAAAUGUAAAUCUAUUACCUUUCAUUCACUCCCCAUUGUUCCAGGGAUAAAGGGAGAAAAUCCUUAACUUAGUCCCCAAUGCCCUGUGUGGUCUGUUCCUACCUCUCUCACUAGCUUCAUCUUAAACUAUGCCUCCUUCCCCCAGAUUAACAUAGAAAGGUGGGGAGUCAGAAUAUAAGGGUUGAUUUAUUCAUUUCACUUUGCCUGCUAUAGUAUUGUUUUAAGUAGGAAUUUCAAAAUCUCAUUUUUGUGACUCUAGUUGAGAGGAGCAUAAAUAAAACACUCUCUAACUGUACUUUCUGGCCUGGAAUUCCACAUUUAAUCUCAACUAAUCAUAUGGAGAUAUUUUUCUCGUUAACAGGUUUCUCCACAUAUAAAAAUCUAUUGUAAAAAUACGGAAAAGAAUGGCAGCGGAAACUCAGACACUGAACUUUGGGCCUGAAUGGCUCCGAGCUCUGUCCAGUGGUGGGAGUAUUACAUCCCCUCCUCUUUCUCCAGCAUUGCCGAAGUAUAAAUUAGCAGAUUAUCGUUAUGGCAGAGAAGAAAUGUUAGCACUUUUCCUUAAAGACAACAAGAUACCUUCAGACCUUCUGGAUAAAGAAUUUCUGCCUAUCCUCCAGGAAGAACCCCUUCCACCAUUGGCUCUGGUACCCUUUACAGAAGAAGAACAGAGAAACUUUUCCAUGUCUGUAAAUAGUGCUGCUGUCCUGCGAUUGACAGGACGAGGAGGAGGAGGAACAGUGGUGGGGGCUCCUAGAGGUCGAAGUUCUUCAAGAGGGCGAGGCAGAGGCAGAGGUGAAUGUGGUUUCUACCAAAGAAGUUUUGAUGAAGUAGAGGGUGUUUUUGGUCGAGGCGGUGGCAGAGAAAUGCAUAGAUCGCAGAGCUGGGAGGAAAGGGGUGACAGACGUUUUGAAAAACCAGGACGAAAAGAUGUAGGGAGACCAAAUUUUGAGGAAGGUGGACCAACAUCAGUAGGGAGAAAGCAUGAAUUUAUACGCUCAGAAAGUGAAAAUUGGCGCAUCUUUAGAGAGGAACAAAAUGGAGAAGAUGAAGAUGGAGGUUGGCGACUAGCUGGAUCAAGGAGGGAUGGAGAGAGGUGGCGACCUCACAGUCCUGAUGGCCCUCGUUCUGCAGGCUGGCGGGAACACAUGGAACGACGUCGAAGGUUCGAGUUUGAUUUUCGAGAUAGAGAUGAUGAACGGGGUUACCGAAGGGUUCGCUCUGGCAGUGGGAGCAUAGAUGAUGACAGGGAUAGCUUGCCCGAAUGGUGCUUAGAGGAUGCUGAAGAAGAAAUGGGCACAUUUGACUCAUCUGGAGCAUUCCUCUCUCUAAAAAAAGUACAGAAAGAGCCUAUUCCAGAAGAGCAGGAGAUGGACUUCCGGCCUGUGGACGAAGGGGAGGAGUGCUGUGACUCUGAGGGUAGCCAUAAUGAAGAGGCCAAAGAACCCGAUAAGACAAAUAAGAAAGAAGGAGAGAAAACAGAUAGAGUAGGAGUUGAAACUAGUGAGGAAACUCCCCAGACCUCAUCAUCAUCUGCUAGACCAGGUACUCCUUCAGACCAUCAGUCUCAGGAAGCAUCACAGUUUGAGAGGAAAGAUGAACCAAAAACUGAGCAAAUGGAAAAAGCUGAAGAGGAGACUCGGAUGGAAAACAGUCUACCAGCCAAAGUGCCCAGCAGAGGGGAUGAAAUGGUUGCUGAUGUCCAGCAGCCCCUGUCGCAGAUUCCUUCAGAUACAGCCUCUCCUCUUCUCAUACUUCCACCUCCUGUUCCCAAUCCUAGUCCUACCCUCCGGCCAGUUGAAACGCCAGUUGUAGGUGCUCCUGGUAUGGGCAGUGUUUCCACAGAACCUGAUGAUGAAGAAGGUCUCAAACAUUUGGAGCAGCAAGCUGAGAAAAUGGUGGCUUAUCUCCAAGACAGUGCACUAGAUGAUGAAAGAUUGACAUCAAAACUGCAAGAGCACAGAGCUAAAGGAGUGUCGAUUCCAUUGAUGCAUGAAGCAAUGCAGAAGUGGUAUUACAAAGAUCCUCAGGGAGAAAUUCAAGGUCCCUUCAAUAAUCAGGAGAUGGCAGAAUGGUUUCAGGCGGGCUAUUUUACUAUGUCUUUAUUGGUGAAGAGAGCAUGUGAUGAAAGCUUCCAACCUCUUGGCGAUAUCAUGAAAAUGUGGGGAAGGGUUCCCUUUUCUCCAGGUCCAGCUCCCCCUCCCCAUAUGGGAGAGCUGAACCAGGAACGACUGACCAGGCAGCAGGAACUCACAGCCUUAUACCAGAUGCAGCACCUGCAGUACCAGCAGUUUUUAAUACAACAACAAUAUGCACAGGUUUUGGCCCAACAGCAGAAAGCAGCCCUGUCUUCCCAGCAGCAGCAGCAGUUGGCACUUCUUCUUCAACAGUUUCAGACCCUGAAGAUGAGAAUAUCUGAUCAGAACAUCAUUCCCUCAGUAACUAGGUCUGUGUCCGUGCCAGAUACUGGCUCUAUCUGGGAGCUUCAGCCAACAGCUUCACAGCCUACAGUUUGGGAAGGUGGUAGUGUGUGGGAUCUUCCUCUGGACACAACGACACCAGGCCCUGCCCUGGAACAGCUUCAGCAGCUAGAGAAGGCCAAAGCUGCAAAGCUAGAGCAAGAGAGAAGAGAGGCAGAAAUGAGGGCAAAACGGGAAGAGGAAGAGCGAAAGAGGCAAGAAGAACUCCGAAGACAACAGGAGGAAAUUAUUCGGCGACAGCAGGAAGAAGAAAGGAAAAGGCGAGAGGAAGAAGAACUUGCCCGAAGGAAACAGGAAGAGGCUCUGCGUCGCCAGCGGGAACAAGAAAUUGCAUUAAGGCGACAGCGAGAAGAGGAAGAAAGACAGCAGCAAGAAGAAGCUCUUAGAAGACUGGAAGAGAGGAGAAGAGAAGAGGAAGAAAGGCGGAAGCAGGAAGAAUUGUUACGCAAACAGGAAGAGGAGGCUGCAAAAUGGGCCCGGGAAGAAGAAGAAGCCCAGCGUCGAUUAGAGGAGAAUCGGCUGCGGAUGGAAGAGGAGGCAGCCAGACUCCGGCAUGAGGAAGAAGAACGGAAGAGGAAGGAACUGGAGGUCCAGCGGCAGAAGGAGUUAAUGCGCCAGAGGCAGCAGCAGCAAGAGGCUCUCCGGAGGUUGCAGCAGCAGCAGCAGCAACAACAGCUGGCGCAGAUGAAGCUUCCUUCUUCUUCAACAUGGGGCCAGCAGUCCAAUACAACAGCAUGUCAGUCCCAGGCCACGCUGUCAUUGGCUGAAAUCCAAAAACUAGAGGAAGAACGAGAACGGCAGCUUCGAGAAGAGCAAAGGCGCCAGCAGAGGGAGUUGAUGAAAGCUCUUCAGCAGCAGCAGCAGCAGCAACAGCAGAAACUCUCAGGUUGGGGGAAUGUCAGCAAACCUUCAGGUACCACGAAAUCUCUUCUGGAGAUUCAGCAGGAAGAGGCCAGGCAAAUGCAAAAGCAGCAGCAGCAGCAGCAGCAACACCAGCAACCAAACAGAGCUCGUAACAAUACGCAUUCCAACCUGCACACCAGCAUUGGGAAUUCUGUUUGGGGCUCUAUAAAUACUGGUCCUCCUAACCAGUGGGCAUCUGACCUAGUCAGUAGUAUUUGGAGUAAUGCUGACACUAAAAACUCCAACAUGGGAUUCUGGGAUGAUGCAGUGAAAGAGGUGGGACCUAGGAAUUCAACAAAUAAAAAUAAAAACAACGCCAGUCUCAGUAAAUCUGUAGGUGUGUCUAACCGGCAGAAUAAGAAAGUAGAAGAAGAAGAAAAGUUGCUGAAGCUCUUUCAGGGAGUAAAUAAAGCCCAGGAUGGAUUUACGCAGUGGUGUGAACAGAUGCUUCAUGCCCUUAAUACGGCAGAUAACUUGGAUGUUCCCACAUUUGUUUCUUUCCUGAAAGAAGUAGAAUCUCCUUAUGAGGUCCAUGAUUAUAUCAGGGCCUAUUUAGGAGAUACUUCUGAGGCCAAGGAGUUUGCCAAGCAGUUCCUUGAGCGCCGUGCCAAACAGAAAGCCAACCAGCAGCGUCAGCAGCAGCAACAGCAGCAGCCGCCACAGCAGCCACAACAGCAGCCGCAACAGCAGGACUCUGUGUGGGGGAUGAACCACAGUACACUCCAUUCAGUAUUUCAGACCAAUCAAAGCAACAACCAACAAUCCAAUUUUGAGGCUGUGCAGAGUGGCAAGAAGAAGAAAAAGCAGAAGAUGGUCCGAGCAGAUCCCAGUUUAUUAGGAUUUUCAGUCAAUGCAUCAUCGGAGCGACUCAACAUGGGUGAAAUCGAGACGUUGGAUGACUACUGAGCACCUGCCAGUGGACUGGCCAUCCCUCUCCUGUCUGCCGACUAUGGAGUCUCCACCUUUGGACACAACACUUACUUACCAUUUACUCUUUAUCACUCUGCAACAAAUCACAGAACCGAUCAUCUCAGGCUUUUUCUUCUGGCCCUUUGUGUCCAAGAUUCUUUAAUCCAUUUUUGUUGGUGAACAUCUCAGACUAUAGAUAAGUGGACUGGACCCUGUGUCUUGGGGGUGGCAGCUGGGAUUACUCCCCAACAAGGCUGAUUUUAGGCAGCAUGUGUUCACUGUGCUGUGAUUUCAUCUACUGUCUCCCAGAAAGUGUGUGUUGGGAUCGGCCAUUAGCAGCUUGCUUUCUCUUGUCACUUUUUUUCUUCUAUUUUGUUUUUUCUUCUUCUUUUUCCCCCCAUCAGGGCAAAUGGUCUAACUGGUGCAAUCAUGAAGAGAGUUAAUGGUUAACAGACAUUGGCCAGUAACAAAACACCCCAUGGACUGUGACUCCGGUAUCCAACAGGCAGUCAGAGCUCUCGCGGUCUGAAAGUUGCAUUGCCACUGCUAACUUUGGGAUUGCAUCAGAGAGGCCCUGAGUGGGGUUGAGAUGAGGUUGGAUUGGUUUGAUGUUACACACUCCUCACCUGUUCUUUCUGAGCGUCCUUUCUCUGAAAGGAUUUAUGUUUUUCUUCGUUAGAUAGUGACUUCUGAGCAAGCUGAUCUCCCCUGGCAUACUCCAACCUGAUUGGACAAAGGAAGCUCUAUGGCCUGGGAGAGAGACUAUUGUUAAUUUUUCUUUCUUACAAAAACUGAUUUUUCCCAUAAAUAUUUUUACUUCAGAGGACUAGGACCAUUUUGUUUUGGGCCCUUCUGCUGAAAAUUUGUCUCGUUUAAGAGGCAGCUAGAAUCUUUACCAUAUGUAUGAAUUUGUAUAAUUUCGUUUUUGGAUAGGGAUAAACUUUUGCUUCCGAUAAAAGCCUGGAAUUUCAUCUGGUCCUCAGAGCAUUGCGUGUGUGUCUUGCUGUAGCCCGGAAAAGGUUUUGUGUAAAGAUUCUGGGAUGGCAAGUUGUUUGCCUUUUCUGAAAAGAGAACAUACAGAACCUGUCCAUCUUUAAGACCUUCAUCCAUGGAAUCUACUAUACAGGAGGAUGCAGUGGGCUGGAGGGGAUGGGCGAAAAUGGGAGCGGGAAGCCUGGCCUGGCUUCUGGUCAUGGCCUAAAACCUUAAACUUCAAGUAGAAAUGUACUCAAGCCCUAUUUAUAAACAAGUACUUUUCCUGCCUCCACCAAACCCCUACAGAACAUCACCUGGAAUUGCCACUCACACUGGGUUGGAGUCAUUGGGCAGCUGUGCCUGUGCGAGAGGUGCUGUGGUCUGGGCAGCCCCUAAAAAGCACCUUUGCUUCCUGUCAUUGUUGCCUGAAGAAGGCUGGAGUUGCUCUGAGAGCAGUUUGGGUUUGGAGUAUUAUAUUUGGCUUCUAUUUUUAUUAUUUUGGAUCACCAUUCUCCCUAUCCCUUCUUGCCUCCCUCCCUUCUAAACAUGUAUAAUAACUAUACAGAGACUGCUACAAAAUUGUAUAUAGUUUUUGGAUCAAAUAGCAUGAGGGGAGAGGAAACCAUUAAAAAUUGGGGCUCCUACUCUCCUUUGCUUUGUAAAUUCAAAAGUGGGGGUUGGAUAAGAGGGAUAGUUAAAAUGUUUACAAAACUUUAGGCUCCCUCGGAACUUUUGCCAGUGUGGAGGAAAAUAAAAAAGAACUUAAAUAAAACCUGAUUGUAUUCU